AUGUAUAAUAAUAUUACUGAUGAAAAAAAAAAAGGAUAUUUUGAUAACACAAAUAAAUUAGAUUGUACAAAGGAAAAUAAAUGGAACACUUAUGAAAACAAUUGCAAUAAAAAAGUUCCUAUAAAUAGUUCAGAUAUAAAAAAAAAAAAUAACGAAAAUAUAAUCGGUAGUAAAGGAAAAAAUUAUAUCGUUUCUACGUAUAAUAAUAACAAUAAUACCAAUUCUAAUAAAAUGUUUUUUGAUUUUUGUAAUUCUUAUGUUAAUGUGUUAUAUUUUAAAAAGUUAAAAAUAAACAGAAAAUUGUUUGAAAAAUUAAAAGACAAAAAUAUAGUUAUAUAUUUAAAAUAUAAAGAGAGUACCUGUGCAAGUGAAAAUAUAGAAAUAAAAAGUUCGGAAAUAAAUAAUUUAUUUUUAUGUUUUUUAAUAACAGAACCAUUUCUUAAAAAUGAGAAAAAAAUAAUAAAAAUUUACAUAAAAUAUUUUAAAGAUGGCAAGUAUAAAAUAUUAUCAUUCGGAUUUGUUGAAUUAAGUUUCAGUGAUUUUACUGAAAAGUUUUACAGAAAAAAAACCUUUAUGUUAUGUUAUGACAAAAAUAAUAAUAAAUACAUUUUUGGAUAUUUAAUAUUAAUAUUAGCUCAUCAAAAAAAAUGGAAACUAUGCGAUAAUAAAAUAGCUUUUGAAUAUGUAAGCAAAUCUUAUUUUGUUAGUAAUAAAAAUAAUUAUGAUAAGCAAGUCUUUUAUAUUUGUAAAAAAAUUCAGAAAAAUAUAUUAGAAUCAUUUAAUAUGAAUGGAGUUAAUGAAAAAAAGUUUUUACAAAAACAGGCAUUAUUAAAACAUUUUAGUGUUACUCAGAGUUGUCCUAGCACUUUUACUGCAAACAAUUUUAAGAAGAAAUUGAAUGAUGAAAAUAAUAAAAAUUAUAAGAAUUAUAAAUCAUUAAUAUAUUUCAGUGAUAUAAAAAAGUCAGAUUAUUCUAUAAAAGAGUGCAACUUAGAAAAUAUAAUAGAUAAUAAUAAUAAAAAUAAAACUGAUAUUAAUAUAAAUCAUUUUGAAAAAAGAUUGAAUCAUUCCAAUAAAGAUAUUAGUCAUUCUCAAGAAAGUAAUACUUUACUUAAUUCACCUAGUUUAAAAAAAGAAAAUACUAUAUAUUCUUUAUCAAAUACUAGUGCAGAUAAUUACUCAAAAAUUAAUUUGGAAAAAUUUACAAAGGAAAACCUUAUGAAAUACAAAGAAAAAAAAAUAAAUUCAAAACAUACUGAAGAAAAUAAUAUAACAAUACAUGAUGAAUAUUAUAUUUUAAAAGCCUAUGAAGAAAACAUUUUUAAUUCAGGUGGAAAUAAAUUGAAAAAUUAUUUGGAUAAUAAAGAAUCUUAUAAGGAAAAAAAUGAUAAAUAUAUAAAAGAAGAACAAAAAGAAAAUUUCUAUAUAAAAAAUAACUUUGAUUUAUUUUUAUGUGAAAAAUUACAAAACAUAUUGAAUAAUAAUAUAGAUCAUUUUAUAAAUGAUACACAAUUUAUUCUUAAGCAUCUUAAAAAAAAGAUAGCAAAAAAAAAUGAUUAUUUUAUAAAUGAGCUAGCAGAUAAAUAUAAAAAUGAAGUAGAAAUAAAAAAAAAUAAUAGUACUGUAGAAUGGAAAAAAAAAGAUGUUGAAGAAAUAAACAAUAAAGAAAAGUGCGAACAGGCAGAAAAUCGAGAACAACAACAAAAUGAAGAAAUAAAAUGUGAUAUAAUAAGAAUUUUAGAAAAUUGUAUAAAUACUACUUCAAUGUAUAUUAAAUGUGUUUUAAGAGAUAAGGACAUAAACACUUCUGAAAAAGAUGUAUUCAUUGUAUAUGAUGAAAUCAUAAAUAAUAUGAAAAAGGCUUUAUGCGAAUAUAUUAGAGAAAAUGAAAUUUUAACAAGUUGUGAUUUAAGUGUAAAUAAAUUAAAUGAAUCUUUAAAUAAUUCAAAAGAAAAUCCAAAAAUGCAUGUUCAUAAUAAAAAGGAAGAUAAUUCAAAUAACGAGACAGAUGAAAUGCAAACAAAAAUAUAUAAUGAACAUGAUUUUACACAUAGUAAAACAUGCUUUUCUUCUUAUAAACAAAAUAACAUCUACUCUAACAUUAAUAGUGAUGAAACGUUAUGUUCUUCAUCAUCCUACUGUACACAAUCUUCAAAAAUUUUUAAUGAAACAUUUAAAGUAAAUAAUUAUCUAAAUCAGAAUAUAUCAACAGCUUUAAAAUAUUAUGAAAAUAAAUGGAAAAAUAAAUUGUUAAAAAUGAGAAAUUAUAUCUAA